GGCGCGCGCAGGCUUGCUCCGCCCCUUCCCAUCUGGGGAGUUUCAAGAUGGCGGCGUGUUUAUGAAGCUUCUCGAACACGACCGCUGCUAACGCGAGAUAGCGUGAGAUGGAUAAGAAGAAAAAACAAUAUAAUGUCACAGCUUCAUCGCUGGUUGAUUUGAAAGCAGAGCUUUAUAGGAAACAGGAGGCGUUCAAGCAGGACAAACUUGCUCAGGAUGCAGGGACUGCAUCCAAAUCACACAACCAUACAAAGAAACCCAGUGUAUGGAGUAAACAGAACCAAGGAGUGACUGCACGUGCUCAGAAGGAUGUGGAGAAAACGGCAGAGGAGGAACAAAACCUGGACAGAUCGAGGCAGAAGCUGGAGGAGAAAGCACGCCUCUAUGAGCAGAUGACUAAAGGGGAUUUUCCAGACGAGGAGACGGAGAGUCUGUACCUGGUGGAUUUCACACAGAAGAUAAUCGAGCAGAAGAGAGCAGCACAGAGCAGACAGGAUGAAGCAGGAGACAGAGAUGGAGAAGGAUCGGAGACGCGCCUCCCCGUCCCUCCCCCACAGAGCGCUGAUGAGGAAUGGGUGGACUAUGUUGAUGCGCUGGGUCGAUCAAGAAAGUGUUUAAGAAAAGAUUUACAUCAGUUUCAGAAAAUGGACCAAGAUUUACACAGCAAGCGAGUGGUCGGAGCCGAUAGGACGUUGUUGUCUGAAGACAUGAGGCGAGAGAUGCAGAGAGAGCAGUGGGAGCGGGAGGAAGAAGAGCAGAUGAAGAGACCCGUAGGACCCGUUCACUAUGAAGACAUCCGAGAUGGAGAGGCCAGAGAUCUGGGUGUUGGGUAUUACGCUUUUUCUCAAGAGGAAGACCAGCGCAAGAAGCAAAGGGAAACUCUGGAUAUGCUGAGAGACCAGACCGCUGAGCAACGCACCAAGCGAGAGCAUCUGAAGGAGAAACGGAAAGCUCUGCUCGAGGCUCGACUGGCUAAAGUGAGAAUGAGGAAGACGAAGAAAAGCAAGAUGGAUCCCGGAGCCGAGGAGGAGGAAGAAGCUCCUGUGCCUGAUGGAGCGGUUAAAGAAGGCGAGGACGAUCCCGAGGAUGCGAUCGGACCUCCACCUGCUCCUGAAGCCGCCGCCAAAAAGGUGGAGGUUGAAAUCCAGGAGAGAAAAGACUCGAGACCGGGAGUGCCGCAUGUCAGAGAGUGGGACAGAGGAAAAGAGUUCACAUGGGGUCAGUGGACGACUCAGAGGCGGGACGAGAGGGAUUCGGAUUUUGCCCCGCCCUCGUCUUACUUCCUGGAUGAGAGACGAGCCGGUCGAGGCAGGUCGACGCAGGAAGUGCGGGGCAAAGGGAAACCCGGUUUCAAACGGUCUGAGGCGCACGGGGGAUGGGAUCAGGAUGGCACGGAAAGACGAGCUCAAAACACGCACGCAUCUUUUACAGACCAGAGCUCGUCCUCACAGCCUCAGCAAACGUCACGAGCACAUUCGGCACAGACACACGAUCUGGACGCCCUUUUAUCCUUCUAUAAAAACUCUGUUUGAACUUUUAACCCAGUUUAAUCCUUCUUGCACAGCCUCGGCCGCGUUCACUCACUCCCCCAUGUUCCUCCUUUGUAAAAAAUAAGGCCGAAUGAGUAGUUUCCACUCUGUUUUGCCGGCUCUGCGAUUCUAGAUGGUUUUAGACCUGGGUUACUGAUGUAUCAUGAUCGUUUUUGAGUCGUGAAUGUCUCGUGCGAAUUAAAAAGAAAAGGGUCUUGAAUCGAACACGUUUCAUUACGUAUACUACUAAAGAGUGCGUUUUCGAGAUCUCCGUUCCUCCCAAGCCACGCUCGCAAACCGCAAGAUGCACACGCAGGUGCUUCUCUGAUCUCUCUGUCCUACCUCGUUUAGCCCUUAACUUGGUCAACCCUCUUUAAGGAUUCCUCAGGCGUGAUGGGGGGGGGGGUUUUAGGAGGACACGUAGGUGUUUCCUAUGAGGAAGUGUUUUUGGGUGACGCAAGCCGCUCCACCUGUCCGCAAACCAAAUGCCAAUACGUGAUGAUGUGAAAUUAAUAUUUGUCAUCGGACAGUAAUCUAUCCUCGGGUAACAGCCGAUCGAAAUGUGCCUGGGUUUAAGUCGGGUCAGGUGAUGAGUUUAAAACUUCAAUAGCGUGUAAUAAGGUCUAUGAUUAAGUAAGAGCUAGUCAUUUACUGGAUUUCUGAGUGACACGUGGACACAUCGCGAGGCACAGGCGCACACUGCGGACAAUUUGGAAAUGCCGAUUAGCCUACAGCGCGUGUCUUUUGACUGAGGGGGGAAACCCGAGUACCAGGAGGAAACCCCCAAGGCACGGGGAGAACAUGCAAACUCCACACACACAGGAAAGCGGUGGGAAUCGAACACUGGAGGAGCGAGGCGAACGUUAAUACAGCCUCGAGGUGGAAAAAGAGUCAAUAAAAUCGACUUUUUACUCCG